UUGAUUGAAGAGUUAAUUAACCAAUUAGAGAGAAUUUGAAUGAUGCUGAGGUGGGGAAAGGAGCAUGAUCAUGAGAGUGAGGAAAUGGAGGUGAUAGGGUUCAAUGUUUUGGGUUCUGGAGAUGAAGGUGUAAUCAAAUCCAAUAAUAAUAAUAAGAGAUUGGUUAUAAGGUCUAGUAGGAUUAAGGUGUGGAUGGCCCGUGCCAUAACCACUGUGUUAAUUUGGACCAGUGUGGUUCAGAUUAUGUCAAUUGGUGAAUUAUGGGGUCCAAGAUUCUUGAAGGGUAUGCCUUAUUAUUGUUUCAAUCACCAUCCUUCAGAUUCAUCUUCUCAGGCCAUAGUAGAAAAGCCUUUUGUUCUUCCACAUAAUAGGGCUAUUGUUCUCCCACCCAAAAGGAUUUAUAAGAACAAUGGUUAUCUUGUGGUUUCUUGCAAUGGAGGGCUCAAUCAAAUGAGAGCAGCAAUAUGUGACAUGGUUGCUAUUGCUAGACAUUUGAAUGCAACUCUCAUAGUUCCAGAACUGGAUAAAACAUCUUUCUGGGCUGAUCCAAGUGAGUUCCAAGACAUAUUUGAUGUAGAUAAUUUCAUUGCAUCAUUGAGAGAUGAGGUUAGAAUAUUGAAGCAACUACCACCUAGACUCAAGAGAAGGGUAAAAUUGGGAUUAUUUCAUUCAUUGCCACCAGUCAGUUGGUCUGGUAUAUCUUACUAUGAAAAACAGAUCCUUCCUCUGUUGAGGAAACACAAGGUUUUGCACCUAAAUCGGACCGAUGCCCGGCUCGCGAAUAAUGGACUACCACUGGAGAUUCAGAGGCUUCGUUGCAGGGUAAAUUUCCAGGCAUUGAGGUUUACUUCCCAGAUAGAGGAACUUGGUAGAAGAAUUGUUAGCAUUUUGAGGUCAAGAGGACCAUUUCUUGUGCUUCAUCUUAGAUAUGAGAUGGACAUGUUAGCCUUUUCUGGCUGCACUCAUGGAUGUGACUCCAAAGAGGUGGAGGAACUCACAAGAAUGAGAUAUGCUUAUCCAUGGUGGAAGGAAAAAGUGAUUAAUUCUGAGCUUAAGAGACAAGAUGGUUUAUGCCCUUUGACACCAGAGGAAAUAGCUCUGAUAUUGACAGCACUAGGCAUAGAUCAAACUUAUCAAGUUUAUAUUGCUGCUGGAGAAAUAUAUGGUGGAAGGAGAAGGAUGCAAAAUUUGCUUUCAGCUUUUCCUAAUGUGGUAAGGAAGGAAACUCUGUUGGAACCUUCAGAUUUAAUGUAUUUCCAAAACCACUCAUCACAAAUGGCUGCAUUGGAUUAUCUUGUGUCACUGGAGAGUGACAUAUUUAUUCCAACAUAUGAUGGUAACAUGGCUAAAGUUGUUGAAGGCCAUAGAAGAUUCCUAGGUUUCAAAAAGACUAUACAACUAGAUAGGAAGAUUUUGGUGCGGCUGAUAGAUCAAUACAACAAUGGCUCAUUAAGCUGGGAUGAAUUUUCAGAUGUUGUUAAGAAAGUUCAUGCUAAUAGAAUGGGAAGCCAAAAAAGAAGAGUUGUAAUCCCAGAAAGACCAAAAGAAGAAGAUUAUUUUUAUUCUAAUCCUCAGGAAUGUUUACAAUUGCAAGAUGAACCACUGAUGAGAAGCACAUGAUUAUUGCCACUUUAUUUUUGUUCAUAGUCCUCCAACUAAAUGAAAAUUGCAAAUUUGUACCAUGUUAUGUUAUUCAAGGUGGCUUAUUGGCUAUGCUUUUCACAAGAAUCAUGAAGAUAAAUAAUUACAUAAGUUUCAACAUUUUGAGGGACAGGUUCUUGUGUAAAGCAAUAGCAAAGUGUUGUUGAGUCUUAUACACUGUACAAAUUAAAUGAGCAAAAAGAUAGAGUACUUUUUGUUUAUUUUAUUUUAAAGAAAAAAAUUUCCUCC